CCGGAAUCUGUUACUUCCGCCCAGCUUCUCUCUUAAUCAUUUCCUGCGCGGAACUUUCUCUCGUCUUAAUCGAAUUUAUCCAAGAAAAUAUAAAAGUAAAAAGAAAAAAUCAAAGCUGGAACUGGCAUCAACAUUUUUGUUUAUCAUACAACAGAAGCAUCAACAAUAUUUAACAUCUUUUAAAGACUAAAAAUGUUAUACUGAACAAAUCUGACCAUUUUCAAAUAAAUUUAAUGAAUUAUGGUUGAAAGAUUUCCCCUGGGUAAGAUUAUUAGCAACAGUUGUGUGUGUCAUUCCCUGGAAUGAGUACAAUACAAUUCUGCAUUGAAAAUAUAUGAAGAUCGAUUUAUGAAGCACUUUGCAUCCAGAUGAUGGACUUGUAGCAGAAGGAAUGUUUGUUAGAAAUAAAUUAUAGAAAGGAAAACAGCAAACAUAAUAUAUUGUGGUGAGAGAAGGAAGAAUUAUUAUUCAAUGAGUUAACUGUUAUUUUUUGGUUCUAAAAAGAUGGCAAAAAGCUUAGCAAAGUCUUCUUACGAAUGUGAUGUCUGUAAAAAGUCACUAGCUUCAAGAAGUAAUUUAACUGCUCAUAUCCGUAUUCAUACAGGAGAGAAACCAUUUCACUGUGAUAUCUGUGGUAAAAGGUUUACUAGAAAAGGUGAAUUACCUGUUCAUGUACGGGUUCAUACGGGAGAGAAACCAUAUCAGUGUGAUAUCUGUGGUCACUCAUUCACUCGUAAUGAUAUUUUAAGUACACACAAACGUAUUCACACAGGAGAGAAACCAUAUCAGUGUGAUAUGUGUAGUAAAUCAUUUGCUAAAAGUACCAACUUAACUGAUCACAAACGCAUUCAUACAGGAGAAAAACCAUACCAUUGUGAUAUCUGCGGUAAAUCAUUCAAUCAAAAUAAUCAGUUAAUUAAACACAUACGUAUUCAUACAGGAGAAAAGCCUUAUCAAUGUGAUAUCUGUGACAAAUCUUUCUCUCGUAAUGAUGAGUUAACUACACACAGAUACAUUCAUACAGGAGAGAAACCUUAUAAAUGUAAUAUCUGUCGUAAAUUAUUCCCUGGCAAUAAUGCCUUGACUGUACACAAACGUAUUCAUAUUGGAGAAAGCCGAUAUAGUUGUGAUAUCUGCGGUAAAUCAUUCCUUCGAAACUAUUCUUUGCGUUAUCACAAACGUAUUCACACUGGAGAAAAGCCAUACUGUGAUAUCUGUGGCAAAUCAUUCAUUCGGAGUAGCGAUUUAAAAGCACAUACACGUAUUCAUACUGGGGAAAAACCGUAUCAUUGUCAUGUCUGUGGUAAAUCUUUCUCUCAAAGUACUGCUUUAACUGUACAUAAACGUGUUCAUACUGGCGAGAAGCCUUAUCGUUGUGACAUCUGUAGUAAAUCAUUCUCUAACAGAAAGGUAUUAACUACGCACAAAUGUAUUUAUACAGGAGAAAAAUCCUAUCAGUGCAAUUUCUGUGGUAAAUCAUUCUCUCAACAGGAUGUAGCUAUUCAUUUCUGUAUUCGUCCAUGAGAGAAAGAAUUUCUUUGCGGUGAGUAAAAGACUGAAAAAUCCCUUAAUUGUAAGCAUUCAUACCUAUGUAUGAAACCAAAUAAUAAGGAAUAAACAAUUGAUAACAUAUAGUAUUUCAUCAUGUUAUAAUAGGAUAGAAGUAUGUCAUGUACCUAUCUAUCUGGAUUGUGGCUAUAAAAACAAACUGGUGGAACAAUUUUCUGAAUUAUCAUCAUCAAU